AGCGGGUGGGUGACUACUAGCUAGCUAGUUAGUUUGUGCUCAGGUUUAUUGUUAAGGUUGUAUGGAGUAGCACUGCGAGUCUCAAUCCCUUUUGACAAUAUCAACAAAAGCAUUAGCCAUGAGUUAAUGAUACUAGUCCUACUCUUAAGAAAGGAGACCACACACUACAUCAGCUCAGCUGUUGUUUCCACACACUGAGGAACAAAGUCACAUCAGCUGAAGGAACCUUUCCACCAGCAAUGAAUUAAACCGGGAAAGAAGAGACACAGCUCCACCAACACUAAUACACACACUUACAUUAAUACCAAACAUACAACCUUUUAUUCCUUAAUCGUGUUUUGCCUCAAGAUGGCAAACUCAGUGGCCACUCAAGUGGUCCAAGCGGAACUAUUACCCCCUCAAUCGUCCUCCUCCCUCUCUCCCUUCCCAUCGCUGCAGGGAUCAGGAGAAGGGGAGGAGGACAGGGAAAGGAGGGAAGAAGUGGAUGGGGAGAAAGGGAUGGUGGAGGGGAAUGAGGAUAUAGUGCUAACCAGGGUAGGGGUGCAGAUGGUGACGUCAUCGGUCCUGGCUGCGCCCCAUCUCCAGGAGCACCCUGAGCACCCGUUCCAGUGCCUGGACUGUGGCAAGAGCUUCAAGUGGUCUUCAAGGCUGGCCCACCACCAGCGCAGCCACAACAACGAGAGACCCUACCGCUGUAACCUCUGCCCCAAGGCCUUCAAGGGCUCCUCCGCCCUCCUGUACCACCAGAGGUCUCAUUCAGGGGAGAAGCCCUAUAAGUGUGACGACUGUGACAAAGCCUUCAAACGCUCCUCUCUGCUCCAGGUCCAUCGUAGCGUCCACACAGGCCUGCGGACCUUUCAGUGCCCCUACUGCCCGCUCACCUUCAAGUGGAGCUCCCACUACCAGUACCACCUGCGCCAGCACACGGGCGAGUGCCCCUACCCCUGCGACAGCUGCCCCAAGGCCUUCAAGAACUCCAGCAGCCUGCGCCGACACAAGAACGUUCACCUGGGUCUGAAACCCUACGUGUGCACCGUGUGUACCAAGGCCUUCACCCAGUCCACCAACCUCAGACAACACAUGAGAAUCCACACAGGAGAGAGGCCCUACAUCUGUGGAGAGUGUGGACGCAGUUUCACACACUCGUCCAAUCUGGCCCUGCACCGGAAUUCUCAAAGUCACACUGGUGAAGGAAAGGGGGGGGGGACAGGGGGAGACAACAUGGGGGAUGAGAUACAGGAAGUGAUAGUGGGGGAGGACAUGACAUCACAAAUGUUGACGGACAUGGGCUUGUUGAGCCAGGAGGCCACGGUGGGGGUGGGGGUCGGGGAGGUGUUCCUAUCGUCAGGUCACCAGAAUCUCCUGCCCCAUCUCACCCUCACCCCCACCCAGGGGGGCGUGUGCACAUCCAGGGCCAUCGGGACAGAAGUGCACAUGAGCACGGAGUCGGGCGCCAGUGUGCUGCUGUACAGCUGUGGCAGCUGUAGUCAGACAUUCAGCACACGGACAGAGCUAGAGGACCACCAGGACAUGCACCUGGGCCCCGGGGAGGAGGGGGGCAGCGGGGUGGGGGAGGGGGGAGAGGGAGGGGUGGGGCAUCUGCUGGCUGACUUUGAGGAGGUGGUGGAGACAACGGCAGCAGCAGAGAACGGACACACUACUGCUGAACUACUGGGACUGACUGAGGGAGUGGACGGAGGGAAUAUGGGGACUACCCAGGCCCAGUUUGACCUGCUGCAGAGCUUCACAGUGGGGGCUCAGAUCCCCACAGACAGCGUGGAGACAGGGGGUAACACAACAGGUCCAGGAAUGGGCACAGAGUGUGCCUACUGCGGGAAGAGCUUCAAGACCAGCGGAGGGCUCAACAGACACCUGGCACAGGUCCACUCCCUCUCUCCCUCCCAGUCUCGCUCCCAGUUCAGCUGCUCUGCAUGCGACCGCUCCUUCACUCUCCUCUCUUCCCUGCUCACCCACCAGCACUCCCACACCCCUGAGCAGCGCCUCCUGGCCGAGGCUGAGGCGGAGAUCGUCUGCCCCGCGUCCCUGUCCCUUUCCCUGCCCCUGCCCUCCUCCCCCAGCCAGGGGGACCAGCACCAGGACACCCAGGGGGACAUCCACGUCCGCCUGAUGGCUGUGACCGAGGAGGGGGACAGGGAGGUGGUGAAGGCAUCCAGCAGAGCAGUGGUCAAGGGCCAGAGGAGAGGAGCAGCUAGUAGGACUGCUGGGGGGAACAAUGAGAGGCCGUACCGUUGCUCUGAGUGUGGGAAGACCUUCAAGGGCUCGUCAGGUCUGAGGUACCACAUGAGGGACCACACAGGAGAGAGACCCUACCGCUGCACAGAGUGUGGCAAGAGCUUCAAGAGGUCCUCACUGCUCUCCAUACACCAGAGGGUGCAUACAGGUGUGCGAGCGUUCCAGUGCCCCUACUGCCAGCUCACCUUCAAGUGGAGCUCCCACUACCAGUACCACCUGCGCCAGCACACGGGCGAGCGACCCUACGUGUGUCAGGAGUGUGGCAAGUCCUUCAAAAACAGCAGCUGUCUGAGGAGACACAGUCAGCUCCACUCUGGCCUGCGCCCUCACAUCUGUCCCAUCUGCUCCAAGUCCUUCUCACAGACCUCCAACCUCAAACAGCACGAACGCACCCACUCAGGCGAGCGGCCCUUCCAGUGUGCCCAGUGUCACAAGAGCUUCACCCACUCCUCCAAUCUCCAGCUCCACCUGAGAACCCACUCCUCCAGGAAGGACUACAAGUGUCCCUUCUGUGGGAAGGAGUUUGUCAUGCAGUCCUACUUGCAGAGGCACAUGAGGACCCAUGGGAACGGGGCCGAGGCCAGGGACGCUGGGGUGGGGGGGAAGGAGGGGGGCGGGGCAGGUAAAGGGGGUGGAGGGGUGACAACCACCACCACCUUACUAAACCCCAUCACCCUAGAGACCACAGGGAACUCUGGGUCUCUGAUCGUGUCUCAGCCUGCGCUGGACAUUCCCCCCAACACCUCCCAGAACUACUUCAUGAUCCAGACAGCAAAUGGGCUUCAGCUCAUCCCCCUGUCUGCCCCCGCCCCCCCUCCUCCCCCUCCGCCUCCCCCCCAGACACAGUACAUCCUCCUACAGUGCCCCUCCACCAAUGGGACCCAGCCCAGCCUGAUUCUUGUCCCCACCACAGUGACCAAUCCCCAGCCCACCCUGGAGCCACAGGGCCUCCCAUUGGUCCAGACAGUUCUAAACCCUGCCCAAACCCAGAUGCAACAUUUCCAGACAAUAUCCCAGCAACAACAGCAGCCCAGGUUUAUCAUCACCACCACCAACAACAAUGUAAACAACCCCCCUGUUGCUAAGACAACAACUCCCUCCCAGAACUCUAUGCUGAACAAGCCCAUUUUAGGGAAAAGUACCCGGACAGCCAGGUCCAGGAGAGGACGGAAACCCAAAGCCGCUGUAGGUCGGAAUACUGCCACCUCAGUUUCUACGACAACCACCUCUGUCACCAUGACAACAGCCCCCAUCAGUCAGUCGGGGGAUGUAAUAGCUGUGUCUAGCUGUAAUGUAACUAGUGUCACUCCAGCUACUGCAACUGCUGCCAACACUAUGACAUCAUCAUUGCCAUCGUCUUUACCCGCCAAGUCACAAAGUCCUUUCUCACCACCAACAGCCUCUGUCUCUGUUUCUACCCCCUCCUCCUCUACCUCUGUCACUGUUACCUCAGGACCCCUAAAGGUUGCCACAGUUAACUCAGUUACCACGGUUACCCCGUCCUCCCUGCCGUCUGACCCUGUGGCCUGGGUUGGGGAACGCCAAACCGCCCCAGAGUUGGGCAAGUCCACUGAGCAGGACAUGAGAGGGGAACAGUAUGUCCUCUGCUUCCAGAAAGAAGGGAGGAAGAAGGAAGAGGUAAAGAUAGGAGGAGAGGGAGGAGGGUCCUACGUGUUGCAGUUUGAAGGGGAGGGGUCUGGGGAGGGGGAGCAAGGAGGAAUGGGCAAAGAGGGGGAUGGGGAGUCAUACGUGCUGCGCUUUCAGACUGAGGGAGAGAGAGAAGGACAGAGAGAGGGAGGGAAGGAGAAAGGAGGCCUGGUGUCACUGAACCUGCUACAGGAAUGGGGAGGAGUGAGGGAAGGAGAAAGGCGAGUAGGGGAGGAUGGUGGCGAGGGAGAGUCGUUUGUGCUUCACUUCCAAACAGAGCCGCAGAGCGAAGAACGGACCACUUCUGACCGUGGCUAUCCAGAAGGCCCCAGCAACAGCCUGGAACUUUCCUGCUCGCCUCCCCAGGCCUUAAUGCCUCUGAAUGGGCAGGAGGUGGUGUUUGAGCUGGGGGAUGAGAACAAGAUGGUGGGUCAGGGGUCUGGAGAGAGUGUGCAGAUGAUAGCCCUGAUCCAAGGCGAAGGGGGUGGGGAGGGAGAAGGGGACAGUUACAGUGGGGCAGUAGGGGAGGGAAGGGUGCCAAUGGAGGGCAUCUUUCAACUGGAGGGAGGAGAGGGGAUCGUCAUAAUUGAGGUUAGCACCAGCAGUCUAAGAGAAGGGAUGGACAGAGGGGAAGGAGGAGUAACUGUAGACAGGAGUGAAGCAAAGAGAGGGUGUGGAAUAACUGAGAGGCCUGAAAAAGACAGGAACUCAGCGGAAUGCAUUGAAAUAGUGACUGGAGCGAAUGAAAGAGAAAACACAGCUACGAAUGGCCCUACACCUAACUCUCAGUUCUCUUAAACCUAAACCAAACAACCACUGUCAGGAAAUGUGUGUGAAGGCGUGUGCAUGUGUGUGCACACAUGAAUGUACAUAUGCGUGUGCGCAAUGUGUGUGAGUGUGUUUUUGAUGUGGAGGCCUUUUCCAGCUACUGAACUAAAGGAGAGUAUGGUGGUUCAGAAAGAGACUAUAGAAAGUACUGUAGGAAACAAUGCCAAGGUGCCAGAAACAUGAAGAGUUACAUUCACUGACUGUUAAUGAAGAGGGACCUCAACAAAUGACUUAUGAGUUUCAAUUAAACUGUCAUGUUGACAGUGUUGAUAUAAAACACCUAAGAGUUUUUUUUGUGGAUGAAUAGAUGGCUAUGUUGGCUCGGUUUCACUAUAAAUAUUCAUACUAGGAAAUAGUCAUUAUUAAUAAAUUUGUUAAUAAUA